AUGAUCGCUGGAUUCGGCACCAUCAAUGGACACGUCGGCGGCAUCCAGUGUCAUGUUGCUGGCCCAAGCGGAGUGCCGCCGGUGGCACCGCCACCACAGAUCACUGCUCAUGCCACAGCGGCGGCGGAGUUCGCCAUGCACUCGAACCUUUGUCUGCACUUCCAGAGUCAGCACUAUGCGGCCAACACCAUGUCCACCAGCGGUCUGGUUGGUGGGGUGACAAUGGGUACGAACUCUUUACUGACACAUCCACAAAUGCCCGUGCCACAGCUACCAAACAUACCUCUGCCGCAACCCCCAGCCAUACCUCGCCCACAAGCCUCAACCAUUCCUCUGCCGCAGCCUGCGAUUGCUACCCCUACAGCGGUGGCUACGAAACCUGCGCAGGGGGGCGGCUUUCGGAAAGUGUGCCGGACGGAGGACACUGCUCCGUGCCCGUUCCCGGGGCUGGCGCCGGGGGUGCUGCAGAUGCGGGUGAAGGAGGGCAGCAAGAUCCGCAACCUCAUGGGAUUCGCCAUGGCCCGCAUGCAGGGGGGUCCGAGCUGUGGUGCGGAGACUGGAUCCGGCAUUGGGCACUUCAAUGGAGGACUUGGGAUGCCAGGUUCCUCCUACCCCUCCUCCACCUCCACCAGCUCUUCCUCCUCGGGCCUGAGACAGGUGGUGUUCUCCGGGUCGGGCCGAGCCGUCACCAAGACCAUCACCUGUGCAGAGAUCAUGAAGCGGAAGCUGGGCGGGCUGCACCAGCUCACCAAGCUGUGCUACAAGGGAGUGCGGGAGGUGUGGGAGAGCCAGGACAGCAGGGGUAACAGUGUCGGAACUGCGGGCACUGGCAGUGGGGAGCUGACCGUGCACCGCACCGUACCCUCCAUCAGCAUCCUGCUCUCCAAGGACCCUCUGGACCCCCUCGAGCCGGGCUACCAGCCCCCAGAGACGCUCACCGUGCUCUGGGCAGAGAGGGAGGAGCAGAGCCCCCCUCUCCACACCGUGUCAUCAGUCAAGAGACCCAUGCUGCCGGAGCCCCCCUACGCUCCGCACACCGGCCAGCCCAGUGCCAAGAGGCUGUGUGUGGGGGCAGGGGUGCCGAUCUGCUGCCCUGCGGACUGA